GUUAAAUGUCGACAAUUUCCCGGUAGUUGUUGAAGUUGUUGGUGAAGUUGUUGUUGUUAUUGUUGUUGUUGUUAUUGUGUAGUCUCCUACACUCACGAUGAAGCAUGCUACUGCCAAAGUAAUGGCUGUGAGCUGCGUGCUUGCGGCCGUAGCGGGCGCCAGCCGCGGCCGGUGGUGGGCGUCGAUUGCUAUAACCGACACCACGGACCGACGCGUACGGCCGAGCGACCUAAUCCCCGCGGGCAUCGAUAGCACGGGCGAUCUCGGCUAGUAGCCUGGAACUGAGACCCCCUUGGUUCGAAUCACCUACACGACUAGGCUCCUGACUCUUGGAUGUACAAAACUUGUUUGCGGGUUGAUUAAUCAGUCUCCUUCUAUGUAGGAAAUGUGAGCCGACCUAAGCCAGGUAUGUCAAUGAAAACCAGGCGGCCAUGAUCUAGCCUUGAAAUCGGGGAUGGUGAUCAAAUAUGAUAGGUGGGCGCGUUAUUCGGUCAGGGAUACAGUUCCCGGGCAGCCAUAGAUACGGACUG